AUGACGGGAGAGUUUGUAUUGGUUCUGGUCGCCUGCCUCGACCAGCAGCCCCACCUCUUCGAGGAUCCCAACCCCCCGCAGACUAGGAACCUUUAUCUCGCUGAAUCACACCGGAACAAUUUAGAGGCGGCGCGCGGCUGCACACGCGGGUUCACUGUGUGCUGUGUUUUGGUGGAACAGCUCUUCAAAACCGCUGUCGCUACCAUUAGCUUGACCAUGUUGAAGUCCAAAACAUUUGUAAAAAAGACCCGUUCUGGCGGAGUGUUGAAAAUCGUACGGGAACAUUAUCUCCGAGAUGACAUCUGGUGUGGAAGUGAAGUUUGUAAGGAGUGCAAAGAUGAAGCUCCGGUGCUGCAAGAAGAAACUUGCAUAGAAAGCAACCUCUGCCCAUAUCCUCACUAUUUAAUCCCAGACACCAAUGUGGUUUUACAUCAGCAGUUCAGAUGCAGAGUCUGGUGUUUUAAUCCAAAAAUCUACAAUGAAGGCUCAAUAAAGUUGACUGAACAUCAACUGAAGUAAGUGAAAGUGGUGUUUGUAGAAUAAAGUGUUUCUUAAAUAAAUUCAUAAAUCAGGUUAUUAUUUUUUUUACUACUACAGGUUUGGAACAACAUGAGGAUCAGUGCUGA